CUGAUUUGCUGUUCAUCACAUCUUAGCAGCACUUGGCCGGCUGCUCACAUGAUCACGGGCGCGGCUGAGGGGGGCACGGGGGGACAGGGCGUGGCCCCGACUCUCAGGUAGCCCCCUCGAACAGUCUUCGCAGUUCGCUCCUCUAUGAUGAUGAUCUCUCGAGAUGGUUUUCAUUUCUCCAGGGAACAACAACGGCAAUUACAGCGACAGCUGGCUGACAAAAUCACCAACUAUGCAUCACUUGAUGAAAUUCGAACUUUGCUCAUCUGUGGAGCUCAGCCGGAUGGAGAGGUCACGCAUGGUCUUAAACCGUUACACUAUGCAUGUUUUAUCAAUAACGUCAGUGCUGCAAGACUGCUGCUCAACAGAGGCGCAAAGGUAGACGCUGUUGACGAAGUUGGCUGUUCUGCUUUACAUCUUUGCGCCGAACACGGUUAUUACAGAAUGAUCAAGCUAUUGUUGCAGUAUACUGACGUCGUGCAACAGUAUGAAAAAGCGGUCAUCGACGAGAAUGGCAAAUAUCCAAGUCGUGAAAAUAUCGAUGAACCUCUUCGUUUGGCUAUUGAAAAUGGGCAUUACGAAUGCGCCAGACUGCUCCUUGAGAAUGGUGCCAGUCCAAAUGCUAUCUAUUUUGACGGCCCAGAGAUUACCGUUGUCAGUCCUUUGGAUACAAAUUUUAUCGAGCUGCUGCUCGAGUUUGGAGCUGAUCCCAACGUUUACGAUCGUAAAGGUCUAACACCGAUCAUGAAAGCUUGUCGGCUGAAAGAAAACGGCAUUCCGGCCAUCAGAAUUCUGCACAAAUAUGGUGGAAAUGUCAAUGCGCAAGCUGAAGCACGCCAGGACUACCGUACCCCACUGCACUAUGCAUUGCUUAGCGGUAGUGCUGAGUUGGUGAAGUUCUUGAUUAGCCUGGGAGCCAAAGCUUCUAUGCCCAAAAAUUAUGACAAGCCAUCCGUGAUCGACAUUGCUGUACUGAAAGACGAUCCAGAACUUCUCAAAAUUAUCAUUGAAGCUGGAGCUGAUGUAAAUGCUGUACAUACCUACAUAGGAACUGCUCUACAUUUGGCUGCUUGUUCGGUUUUGCAAAAUCAAUAUGACAUACUUCGCCUUCUUCUCGAGGCUGGCGCCGAUCCAAACAUCCAACAUCAAUUCCCAGAUGGAUCCUCGCUGAAGAGUCCCUUCGUAGAAUACUUCCGUUCAAGAGAUGUGGUUGAUCCGCGCGUCGUCAAUCUUCUCCUCUCUUAUGGUGGUAAAGUUGUGAUGCGCAGCCCAGUCAAAGAUAUGAGGGGUCAGUUGAGGAAUGUUCUGCGCUUGGCAGUAACCAGGGAGCAGCCACAGUUGCAGGUCCUUUUGUCCUUGCUAGAGCUUGGGGAAGAAUUUGACGUUGUUGCAAUUGACAGGCUUCCAUUGCCUGGAGCACUAAAAGGAGAUAUGCUAACACGAGCAAAAAACCCUCCGAGCUUGCAACAGAUCUGCCGCCUAAGCCUUCGCUCCAAAAUUGCUCCAUUUCGGCCGGACGUCGUUUCUGGGCUCCCCAUCCCUGCACACAUGAAAGACUAUGUUCUUGGCAGGAUCCACUAACAAAACCAUUAUGUAGGUUUUCUCAAGUGAGAUACUCGCUGGCGCUUCACUCCAUGUUUCAUAUUUUGUACAAGGCACUUGUAUUGUAUUUUGUACUGUCACAUUCACUUUAUUUGGUCUUGUUGCUUCGAAUAUUUGUUACGUCUUGAUGUUUAUUUUCACAUGACGUGCUUUCAGAGAACGAGUACGUAAACUACUGCAUUUACCCUCUGCUUUCAGUUAACAGGGAGUAUGUCUAUAUGUCUGUGUAUAUUAGUGUCAUUGCUCAUGACCCAUGCCUUUCUCCAGUGGUUGCUGUUUCCCGGGUAGAUCCAACACUCAUACCUCACUUGCGAAUAGUGCCACUGACUGUGAAUUAUUUUGCCUCCUUUUUGUACAUACCAUGAUACACAUAUUUGUUGCACGAAAUAUAAAUAUUUGGA